UUAGCAUAAGAGUUCUUGUUAUCGCGUUCGAUUUUCGUUCGUCAUGUGAAUGCCUUAUAUAAGAAGAAGCAGUCAUAUUUUUUUUAAUUGCGAAUUUUUGUUGGAGCGUGCGUGCAAUGUAAAUCGGCAUUUAUUUAAAUAUAAAAAAUAUAUUUUCUGUGGCAGACGCAACGCCAUCAAUUAGCCCAAACACUGAAAAAUUGUGCGCGUGACAACGUAUUGGUGCUAUUUUCGUGCGUGGUUUUUAACUCAACCACAUUGCCGCUCGGUUAGCGACGCCGCCGCUGCCGCAAGUUGAUGCUGCCUUUAGUGCUACAUACAAAUAUUGUCUCAAAGAAGAAGAUUAGUGCAGCGCAAUCAACAAUUGCCGUUAUCUCGUCGUUCAGCGAUUAAAAGAUUGUCGCAUUAAUAUUCACAUCGGCCGCAGUUUCAACUUGAACAUUAUUGAAUAAAUGCAAUCUCUGCCAUAAACGCUCAGCGAUUUAAAUCAAAUUCGUAAUUGACACAUUUAAAAUACAUAUAAAAAAAUCGGCUGUAUUUAAAGAUAUACAUUGUAUGUAGACAGAUUCAACCAAUCGCUGGAAUUGCUGAAUAUAUAAUGAGCAGAGCGGGCCAUAGCAAACGCAAAUAAGCCGGACACACAAGUCAGCAGACUGAGCGGGAGAGGGAGUGGCAGCGCGAUCAGUGGCAUUAGAAGAUUUAACAAAAAUUAGCAUUAGGCAUUCAAACAUUAAGCAGUAAACAUCAAGCCGAAAAUGGCACGACAUAUAAUGGCCGUCUGUGUGGUGUGCCUGCUGUGUGCACAGCGUUUGCAUUGCCAGGAUCAUGAUGUCGUCGAGCUGUUGGCCACGCAGCGCACAGAGAUGAAGCUGAAUGCACGUUUAGCCAAUGGAAAUCUAAGUCCAUCCAGUGAAAUAACCACCGAUCAGAGGCAGCUGGCCGAUGAGGAUGAUACCCAAAACUAUAGCACAAGUCCGCCCUACAGGAGACAUAAGCGACACGCAAGUCACGAACAUGAGCACGCGCACGAACACGGCUCGUCGCAGAGACAUGUCCCGCAGAUUACACAAUACUACCUGCAGCAGUUGAUGAAGCAGCAAGAGGUAUUUAAUUCCAGCAGCUUACGUAGCCUCAUGCAACAGCUCGGACUGCAGCAACUAGUCAGCAGCAAUGAUAGCUGUGUGCCAGUUGAACGCUUGGUGCAUCAUGUGCAGCCGCAUGAUCUCAGCCAUCUCGGCGAUAAAGCUGCGGAGCACCCACUGCUGUUGACCAACUGUACGCUAACACCCAACGGCACGAGCACCAGCAUAGCCUGCACCUCAACUGACAGCACUGCACCACCUCAUUCAGACUAUGAGCUAAAUGAACGAGAAUUGAUGCAUCUGUGUCCAGUGCUACUGUACGAGCUGGCGGCCAGCAGCGGUGGCUGCAUUACCCCUGAAGUGCUUGCUGAUAUUGAUAAAUUUGAAGCAAAACAGAAAGAUGACAUAUUUUAUGUGUGGAUUUAUGCGUUCUCUUCGGUGUUUGCGUGCGGUAUUUUGGGUCUCGUGGGCGUGGCCAUAAUACCAUUCAUGGGCUCCCGCUAUUACAAGCACAUCAUACAAUAUCUCGUGUCGCUGGCUGUGGGCACCAUGACUGGAGAUGCGCUGCUCCAUUUGCUGCCACACUCGCUGGCUGGCCAGGACGAGCACGGCAUGAUCAUGAAGGGUUUGGGCUGUCUGGGUGGCAUUAUAUUCUUCUAUGUCACGGAACAUGCGUUGACCAUGAUAUCGGAGUGGCGCAAAAGCGUUGAGAAGAAGGAAACAAAGAAACCAUCACGCGCCAAGGUGAUGCGCGAUCCUGACUCAUCAGUUAACAAUUCUGUGGCUGGCGACAAAAUGUGCAAACAGAAGUAUAGCUCUUAUCCGUACUGCUACGAUGAGAUCACAGUGAAUAAUAAGCAGGAUGUGUGGAUGCAUUUGCCGGACGAAGGCACAGGGUCAGGUGUGCCAGCUGCAUCUGCAGCUGCGGGAGCUGGCGGUGAUGCGUCCAGCGGUGAGUGCAGCAAUCGGCUCUGUGACAAGACUGAGAAUGAAGGCUCGAAUGAAGCGGCAGCGGCGGCACAGUCGCUGCUCUCUACCUCGCACAAUAACUACGCCGAAAUGAACCAUCAAUAUCCCAAUCACAACCAUAACCAUCAUCAGCAACCGCAGGACAGCAGCAAUACGGCAACAACUGAAUUGGACGGAAACACUGGAACAGUAAAUGGAGGCAGAGACAAGAAUGAUCAUGUGACUGUUAUAUUACGUGAGCACGAGUCAUCCCAUCAUGGUCACAGUCAUCGCCAUGGACACGUGCAUUCGCCACCAGAGACGCUGAGCGCUGUUGCCUGGAUGAUCAUUAUGGGUGAUGGUCUUCAUAACUUUACCGACGGUAUGGCUAUUGGUGCCGCUUUCGCUGAAAACAUUGCCGGUGGCUUCUCCACCUCGUUAGCUGUCUUCUGUCAUGAGCUACCGCAUGAGCUGGGCGACUUUGCCAUCUUGAUGAAGGCCGGCAUGUCAGUCAAAUCGGCUGUGUACUAUAAUCUGUUGACGGGUGUGCUCAGUUUCAUUGGCAUGAUCUUUGGCAUUGUGUUUGGACAAUCACAGGAUGUGGCUCAAUGGAUGUUUGCCGUGGCAGCGGGACUCUUCAUCUACAUUGCGUUGGUCGACAUGAUGCCGGAGAUUUCGGCUGCUCACAAGUCGCUGACACAGUUUUUGUUGCAGAUACUAGGCAUGCUGAGUGGUGUGAUCAUUAUGCUAUUCAUUGCCAUCUAUGAGGGACAAUUGAUGAACGCGUUCGGCUCAGCGCCCGCCAGUGCAGUGCAUCAUCAGCAUGUUCACUAGAAGGACGAAGGAAGAAGAGAGGUAUAGAGAGCGAGCGAGAGAAGGGGAUCCACUGUCUUCAGAGCCAAGCAGAGAAUCUUUUAGCGUAUUAUGUGUAUUUUUCGAGCAUAGGUUUUUAUAGUUUUUGUAUAAUUGUAGACUCUAUGUUAUAUAUAUAUAUAAUUUACCUCAGUCCACACUCAAGCACACAGUUUGACACAUCUACAUGCAUCAAAAAGAGACAAUGCAAAUCAUUAAGUAAUAGACCCCCAUAAGAUUCGCAUUUGUUAAACAGUUUAUGAAACACACACGAGGAAAUUUGUUAACUGCCACUGAAACGUUGUCUGCAAAUUGAAUUUCGUUCCUAAAUGUCUCAUAAGCCAAUUUGCGUUCGUUUUUAAAUCAGUUUGAAUUGAUUUAUACACACUCACAUACACUCAACACACACACAUUUAAUGUAAGAAACUUUCAAUGUGCAUAAGCUAUAAAGUGAUUAUGAAUUUAAAAAACGAUAAAAAGCAAAAAAUCUUGCUUUAAAAA